GGAGCAUACAUCACUGUUACGCAUUAUACCUAUAUAGCAACGAUCAAACGACGAGCGUAACACCAACUGGGAAUGAAAUAGUUGGAUCCGUCAGUAAGGAUUAACUCAGUCGUCGCGGGCAACGUUUUACAGCCUCUUCGUCUCACUCCGUUUUCUCCCUUCUCGCGAUCCCAGGGAGUUUUCCAUUUUUUUCAUUGUUUUUCUUUUAUCUUCUUGCAACCAAGUUACUCUUACUGACACAGUUGUAGAGAGAAAGGAGACAUUUUUUCCGACCUGAAUGGGGUGAACUGCUGAUAUGUAUAAAAGCAGUACGUGACAACUUUAUUCAGUCGAUUAGAAUUAGUGCGACAAAACUUUAAUAAAUAAAUUAAAAUAUCCUCUUUAAUUGGAAAAUAUAAAGUUUAAAUACGAAGAAGAUAAAAAGCGGGUAAACAAAACACGAGAAAAAGAACAGAAAUCCGUUUAUUUGUUUAAAAUGAGUGGUGAAUAUUUAUAAAAUGUUGCCGAUUUUCAAGUUCCAUUGCCGAAUUACUUGAUUUACAAAUAUUGAUCAAAUGCGAAAUCAGAGGAAAAACUCCACGUUCAUUGAGGUGAGGAAGAAAUGUCACAGCUGACCUCCAGUGAUCGUCUGGGCAAUGUAAAGAGUCGUUACUAUACAACAAAAGACAUUCGUACAGGAUGACACCGACGGGUGGCCGCUCGCGCACCGCUUCCGAAUCAAACCCUGGAGCCGGUGCCUCGUCGGCCCUGUCAUCUGCCGAGGAAGGGGCAGAGGUCAGCAUGCUUGAAGAUGGGGACGGAAAUCGUCUUCCCGACAUCGUGGUGGAGAGUAAACUUUAUGGCAAUGGUGCUGAUGAUGAGCCUAUGGAAUCAUACUUGGCAAUCACCAUCCAAGUUUUUAUACCGUUUCUGGUUGCCGGGCUGGGAAUGGUCGGUGCGGGCUUGGUCUUGGAUUUGGUUCAACAUUGGGUGGUGUUUGAAAGAGUAAACGAACUGAUGAUCUUGGUACCGGCACUCUUGGGACUUAAGGGUAACCUUGAAAUGACCUUGGCAUCGAGACUCUCUACUCAGGCAAACCUCGGACACAUGGAUACACCGAAACAGCAAUCAUCCAUGAUAGUGGGAAACCUUGUCUUGAUUCAGUGCCAAGCAAUAGUCGUUGGUUUCUUGGGUUCAGUAGUCGCCAUAGUGAUGGGGGCAUUACGGAACGGAACCGUAUCACUGGACCACGCGUAUCUCCUCUGCGCCAGCAGUCUUGUUACAGCGUCGCUUGCGUCGUUUGUCCUUGGUUUGAUUACCGCUGGAGUGAUUGUUUUUUCACGACAUUGUCACAUCAAUCCCGACAACGUGGCAACGCCAAUCGCAGCCAGCUUAGGGGACAUCACCUCUUUGGCCCUCCUAUCCUGGAUUUCAACAAUACUCUACGAAUCCAUUGACAAACAAGACUGGCUCGCGCCUCUAAUUAUAGCCUGCUACGUUCUGGUCACACCACUUUGGGUCUGGAUUGCAAAAAAAAAUGAACACACCAACGAUGUUCUCUACACCGGCUGGACGCCAGUCAUGAUUGCUAUGCUCAUAAGCAGUUGUGGAGGACUAAUUCUGGAGUUCAUGGUGUCCCGUUUCGAAAACCUGACAGUUUUCCAACCAGUAAUAAACGGAGUUGGUGGUAACCUGGUCGCGGUACAAGCCAGCCGAAUAUCCACAGCCCUUCACAAGCAGGCUGACCUCGGAACUUUGCUGAUACCGCCGGGUCUCGCUCAUCCGGUAAUCUUCAUCACGCCGAUAGCAAACUUUUUUGGAAAAGGUAUGCAUGCCAGGACUACUCGAGUCCUGAUGGCGAUGGUGAUACCGGGUCACGUGAUCUUCAUAUAUCUUAUAAAUUACAUGAAGGAUGGCAACGCAUCCCUGACACCGCUCUUCGUAUUCGUGUACCUUUGCGCGGCUCUACUUCAAGUAGCGGCUCUCCUUUACAUUGCGUACAUAAUGAUCCACUGGAUGUGGAAACGAAAAAUCGACCCCGACAAUUCUGCUAUUCCGUACCUCACCGCGAUGGGUGAUCUUCUCGGAAUCAGCUUAUUGGCAAUAGCAUUUCAAUUCCUCUACCUCGUCGGGGAUCAGGACUCUGACCUACCCCUUUCACCUUAACCGUAAGAGUAUGCUGGCAAAUAGUCUCCCAGGUUAACUUAUCUCCACGCAUAUUGCCAAUCCGAGAAAUGGUGACUUGUCGAUGUUGGUUCAGCGUGACGUUGAAUAAAUCCUUCAAUACCUCAAACCCCAGACGAUCAAAUUAAAGGUUCUUUUACCGGGUAACGGCGAACUGUUGACAAACCAACUGCAAUUGUCAUCUAUACGGAAAGUCUUUGUUUUCACUCGUGGUCUUGAUCACUUAUUGCUGGAGGUAAAAUAAUUUCCAUUCAAUGAUAUUAUUAUUCGGUGUUACAGGCACCCUCCAGUUCCCCCAAGGAUUUUUUAUUUAUUCGAAGAAUGAGCUGAAAUUUCUAUUCGUAAACGAUACUUGUACGUCAGUUUGCGUAUGAUGUUAUAUCGAAUUAUACAAUAUACUCGUGGAAAAACUUCGAAAGCAAAUUUAAAAACCUACAAUACAUAGCAGUAUAAGUAAUUGUCAAAUGGAUAUAAGAGAAGAAUAUAUUUUUCAGUAGUUUUACGUGUAUAUAGUAAAGUAUGUAUUGUUGAAAGGUUAGCAACCAACGACCGUAAUUCUUGAAGGCCAAAAUUAUCUUAGCGGAAAAAGUCUCGAAUGCCAUUAAAACCAAAAUAUAUAAAUAAUGCAGAUAACUGAACAUAACGAAAAUGACUGUAUUCGCAGGUACGAGUAUAGCAGGAAAAAGUUAUUUAAUAAUAAUUAUUGUGGUUACAACUAUUACUUGGCUAAAGUGAAUAUAGCGGAUUGCAGCAUAGCAUGCAGAAAAUACAGCGAAGUUUUAUUUACUUGGGGAAAUGAAUAAAUGAAUGAAUAACCAAAAAUCGGUGGAAAAUUACCAAAGGAUCACACAGACUAAAUUAAUAAAAAGCUGUGGAUGAAAUAUCAACUCUUUUUCAAUCCAUUUCACGCUCUAUUAUGUUUAUUAAUCCGGAUAAUGCGGCGAAUUGAUCACUCAAGCGUUGUUACUUUAUGUCAAAAUAUAGUUUUUCAUUCUUUUAUAAGUACACCUGUGUAAGUACGUAUUGAACGUACACACAAUACGUGGUGCGCACGAUUAGGAAGGAAUAAUGAAAAAAUCACAAGCUCUUGAGUCAAAAUUAAAAUUGUUGAGGAUUCUGUAUCCCUCGGUCGUCGUGUCCAGAGAAAGAACAAUCACCAGCAAAGAAAUUGAUCCAAGCUCAACAAUCUAGCGAUUGUUGUAAUUUUUUGACAUAUUUUCUUACUUUUAUUACUAUUAUUUAAUUGUUUCCGCAGGAACCGGGUAACCCUACCUAUGAACGUAAAUCUCCAUCGUAUAUGCAAGGGAAAUUUAGCGUGGAGCACUACUGUGAAAAAACUUGGUCAGGUUUUUGAAAAUUUAAGAAGGAGAAUACGAUAGCAAUAAUAACGGACGAACGCCAUCAACCUGGGAUUAACGUCACCAACGCUACCCUAGUGGACAUUGUGAGAGCCACAUUGUGAUUUUUCUCUUUUUUUUUGGCCGUAAAUAAAGCCAAAACGCCUAUGUCGAUGUGUUUCAAAACUGCAAGUGACCGUGAUUAGGUAUACUGCGCAUGCGUUACUAUUGCCAUCGUUGUCGCACACACUGUUGAACAGAUCAUCACUCGAUUGCAGCAAUCCUAACGACAUUAAACUGAACAACGGAAUCUGAUUCCGUUAGAAAAGUCAUCUAUGGCACCCCACUAUCAGAGUUACACGACGUGUAUAUAAACGACCAUUUCCGGCAGGAAUCCGCAUCUUACCUCUGAUUUCUUUGAUCACAGAUAAGAUGUGAGAAAGAAGGUGACGCCACCGAGCCUAAAAAUGUGAAGCACUGCUCAUUUGCCAGGUUCACUGAUUAUGAGCUUCGUGAAAAGCGCCAGUUUUCAUAGAGAUACAAUUAGACGUAGCGUAAGCGGGUGUUUCACGCAGGUAUCAAAUGAAUGCGUGCAACAGUGCAAGUAAGUCGCGUCCAGCUUGUUCACGCACAUACGAAACUCGCAAUUAUAAUUGAAAACUAAAUUCGAGUAUACCUUUAUAUAACCUGAGCAUGUUUUACGCGUUUUUCCAUGCGUGUUUUCCGUACAAUAAAGUACCCGUAUCUACGACGAUCGAGUUUGUCUGCAAAUGCGCAUACGCGUAGUACAAAAAAGACCACUUUUAAGUAGUUAAAAGUGAUCUUUUCUGGACUACGUGCUCGCACCGUCUCAAAAAAAUCUGACAUUACGCAACCCUAACUUCAAUUUCACGCUUCGUGAAUAAACGCGUAACACACUCUUGCUAUAUAGAGAAUCGUGUGCAGCAAGAAGGCAACGCUCUUUUCGCCUCGCGUAUUUGCUAUAUUUGUCUCCGGCUCACCUACAAAUCGUAUUGCAAACUUACGCUCGGCCCGCAAAUAUCGCGUUUGCCUCCUUGUUACACAAUGCACUAUUCUCGACCUCUCAGCAAUCGUAUACGUGCUUCCGCAGCGUUAUGGUACAGAUAUUUCUGCUGGAAACCGUUAACCAAACCGUUGCUAGAUUCUCCAGUCAACGAGCGAUCACAGGCGAAGAAGAGGAAGAAGAAGAAGAGGGCUGUGGAAUCACCUUUCUCACGUUGCGGUCCCGCCACUUUUUUGUUGGGUUGUCAUUUGGGUUGUUUGCUUGGGUAGGUUGGUAUAAGUUAUACCGUAUAACGAAAGAUACAUAUCUUCAUCAUAUUCGGAAUCCCAUUUCACGGUUGCAUAAUUAAAGUGUGAAGUAUUAAAUGCUUCCUUUCGAGAAUUAACAUUAGGUUCGACGUAGUGCAGCUUUCCCGAUAAUUCAGAAUUCUUCGUAUUAGGUGGCAUUAGUUAUAACUAUAUACGUAAUGGAACUGCUAUUUUUCUGCUAGCAGAUAACUAUAAAUAGCAUACAUUUUUCAACACAAGAAGGUUCAUGUGCUUUACUAUCAUGAUAAGCUAUCGGAUAAAAUACCAUGAACAAACAAAUAUUAUUUCUUGUUAGCUACGUGCAUAUUUUUUCGGAUAAAAGGUUGAACAAACUAAGAACGCAUAAAAGACGGAAACAUCUCAUAAUAUUGAUCUGAAUAUAUUUUCAUUAAAACAUAAAUGUUGGAUCGAUGAGAUAACAAAAUGAAUUUACAAAAUAAUACACUUCAAAGUUGCAGUUUAUAUUACAAAUUACUUUAGGGUGUAUAUACAUGUCUAUGUAAUUAUUCUGUGAACGAUUGUAAAUAAUUUUCAAUUCAUAUUUAAAUAAAUAAUUUACUAUUACGUAUGAUAUAUCUUGUAUGUUUUGUGGGCGCCAGAUUUAUCGUGGAACACGUGAUUAACUUUACUUAAUUUCGGUUA